UACGGUAUAAGUCGCCUAUAAAGAGACAACAGACCUGCUGGAAUUUGGACCGAGCAACUCGACCUAUCUCAACAUAAAGUUCAAGAUGGCGAGCCCGUUCUCUCUAGAUAAUCCGGUGUUUUCCAAGUUUGCCUUCUACUCGACGGUGGUACUGUCCAAGACGCUAUGUAUGGGUGAAUUAACAGCUUUAUAUCGAACGCGAAGACAGGCGUUUGCUAAUGAAGAAGAUGUUGCACUAUUCGCCAGAUCUAAGCACACGGAGGCGACAACAACGGACGUCAGCGUGGAGAGGGUCAGACGAUGCCACCUGAAUGAUCUCGAGAAUGUCCUGCCGUUCGUGCUGGUCGGUCUGAUGUACGUGUCUACCAAACCGGGAGCUACCGAGGCGACCCGAGUGUUCCAGAUAUUCGCGGCGUCUCGCCUUCUCCACACCGUGGCGUAUCUCCUUCCUCUUCCCCAACCCACCCGAGCUGCCACGUACCUCACGGGCUAUGGGGCCACCUUCUUCAUGGUGUACAAGAUCAUCAAGGCUAUCUACUGAACGGGGACCACGUAGCUUGAUUAUUUUACUUGAUAUUCUUUUGAAUGGGUUUGUGUCCUGAGAGACGACAAUGCAACUGAUUCACAGCCCAGUCUUGUGACCUACAUACCUAUAGGGGGUGACAAUGUUUGUUCACCAGAUGUUUAUUAAAUAAUUGUUAUGAA